AAUUUUUUUAAAAAUACUAUUAUAUAAUCCAUUGUGCCUCAAGGUUCGGUUCGUGGCUUAAUAAGGCUUUGAAUUUCUUAUUAAUACUAUCGAUUAAUAUUUUUUAAAAAUUGAAUUUUUUAUCUUAACUCACUUUUAUCAUUCAAUUCAUGGAUAGUAGUAUAGCAGAAUUCGUUAGACGUCCUGAUUUAGGUCGUGUUGGUCAUUCUAUAAAAGUUCGAACAAAUUAUUUCGAAAUAACGGAUCUUCCUUUUCCAAAAAUUUAUCAUUAUGACAUUGUAAUUAUACCAGAAGUUUCUCCAACUUCGAAUAGAAGAAUUAUUCAAGAAGCAGAAAAUUCUUUUUCUGGUGUAAAAGCUGUAUUUGAUGGUCGUAGAAAUGUUUAUGCCGUCAGACCGUUUCCUUUUGGUGAUGCACAUAAUUUAGAAGUGACUAUGCCAGAGAAUGAUAUGAAUAAUGUGGGUAUAAUGCUUCCACGUGUUUAUAAAGUUAUAAUUAGGAAAGUCGCUGAAAUUGAUAUGAGAGAGAUCAACAGAUUUCUUAACGGAGAUUGUUCUAUAUCAUCAAAUAUUUUAACAGGCAUUAUGGCUCUUAAUGUAUUGAUUCAUCAUAAACCAUCAAAGGAGCAUAUAAAAGUAGGGAGAAUAUUUUAUACUAAUCAGGGUUCACAACUCCUUGAUGGAGGGAUGGAGGUUUGGCAAGGAUAUUUUCAAUCUAUUAGACCAAAACCUAGGAAAAUGAUGAUAAAUAUUGAUUUACAUGCUACUGCUUUUUAUGAAAGAGGCAGCUUAAUACAAUUAGUUGUAAGAAUACUCGGUAAGAGUACCGUUGAAGAUCUAUGGAGGAUUCAAGAAAGAGAUCGUACAAAGCUUGAAAAAUGUUUAAAGAAUCUAAAAAUUUUUGUCGUUCUUCGUUUUUCAAGACACCGAUUUAGAAUUUCUAAAUUAACUAAUACUUCAGCUUCUAGUACUACAUUUGAAGUUAAUGGUCAACAAAUCGAUAUUGCUACAUACUUUUUUAGUACGUAUGGUAGAAGACUACAAUAUCCGUUCCUUCCUUGCGUUGUUGUACGAAAUGAAACUUAUUUACCAAUAGAAAUAUGUAAUGUAGUUGAGGGGCAACGUUAUAUGCGCAAAUUAAAUGAAAGACAAAUGGCGGAUAUGAUUGAAUUUACUUGUCAACCACCUCAAAUACGUACUAAUACAAUUAACCAAGGUAUCGAAAUUCUUAAUUAUCGACAAAAUGAGUAUAUAUAUCAAUUUGGUUUUCAGAUAUCAAAUGAUAUGGUUAUAACUCAAGCAAGAGUAUUACCUACUCCAACAUUAUAUUACCAUCCUGCCUCUAAAGAGGAUACUUUCAUUCCAAAAGAUGGUUUAUGGAAUUUAAAGAAUAAAAAAGUUGCCACUGGUGCAACGCUUGGUUCAUGGGCAUGUGCUGUUUUUGGAAGUGAAAGAGAUUAUCCAAUAGGCACUAUACAAAAUUUUAUUAGAGAAUUGGUUAACACGUGUCAAGUUGCUGGAAUGAAUAUUCCAAAUAGAAAUCCACCUAUUCAACAUUGUAACCCUCAAGGCGGUAUUGAAAAUUCUUUAAAACAAGUUUGGGUUAGGGCUGGAAACUCGGCUAAAUCUAACCCUCAAUUAAUUUUAUGUAUUCUCCCUAAUACUGGUGCACCAUUGUAUGCCGAAAUUAAACGCGUUUGCGAUACAGUAAUUGGUGUUGCUACUCAGUGUAUCCAAGGAAAGCAUAUGUUUUCAGCAAAAAAGCAAUAUUGUGCUAAUGUUUGUCUUAAAAUAAAUGUUAAACUUGGUGGUAUGAAUUCAUUCAUUGAUCCAAGCCAAAUGCCCUUUAUUACACAACGUCCAACUAUCAUAAUGGGCGCAUCUGUUAUUCACCCUGCUCCUGGGGAACAGAAUACCGGUCGCUCAUCUAUUGCUGCUGUCACUGCCUCAGUAGAUGCAAAAGCAUUUCGAUAUUUUGCCGCAAUUCGUAUUCAACACGGCAAACAGGUAGUUAUUGAUGACCUAGCCGAAAUUAUUAAGGAAUUAUUAAAAGCAUUUUAUCAGACUUGUGGAAGAAAACCAGAACGUAUCUUAUUCUACCGAGAUGGUAUUUCUGAAAACCAAUUUUUAAUAGUGCGAGAGAAUGUAAUCAAGGCAAUAAAUGCCGCAUGCAAGUCACUUGACGAGAAGUAUAAACCAACGAUAACUUUUGUAGUUGUGCAAAAACGUCAUCACACUCGCUUUUUCCCAAUUGACACUAGAAGAGAUGGCGAUAGAACAGGAAACUGUCCUUCUGGUACAGUAGUUGAUACAACAGUAGUGCAUCCUUUUGAAUUUGAUUUUUAUCUUCUAAGUCACCCUAGUUUACAAGGGAUUUCACGUCCGGCUCAUUAUCACGUGUUAUAUGAUGAAAACGGGUUCAAUGCUGACUCACUUCAAACAUUAACAUAUAAUUUAUGCUAUAAUUUUGCUCGAUGCACUCGUGCAGUUUCUAUUGUUCCACCAGUGUAUUAUGCUCGUUUAGUUUGUCGUAGAGCAAGAUUUCAUGUAAGUGGUGAAAAUUGGAGCAAUCGAGAUACUUUAGAAGGUAUAGGAAGUGCAAGUUAUGCCGUUGUAAAGUCUGAAUUACUAAAUUUUAUGUAUUUUGCGUAAAGAUGACAAAGUAUUUU